AUGCCUCUCGAGGGUUUUAAUGGUAGGAAAAAGGGGAUAGAAAAACGUCAGACUAUCUCUCAAGGUCUCAAUCAACAUUGGAGUGGAGCUGCACUGUUAGAACGGUGGGGCUAUAUCUGUACAACAAAUGGUGGAAUCCCAAUCACUCGCCCACCUGUACCUGAACCUGAAAUAAUACAGUUCCUAGCGGAGAAAUCGCCGCCGUACCUUUUUUAUCUCCGUGAUAAUAAUGGCCGUAUUCCUUUAGAAAUUGCUUGUAAAUUUCAUUGCCCAGAAGCUGUUCAGAUUCUCUUGUCACAAGGCAAUAGUGUAUUUGGAAAAGGAGACCGACCGUUUUUAGUGAAUGCUCUAUAUAAUACCAAAAAUUAUAUUGACGCUGCCGACGAUUAUGGGACGCCACUGAUAACUGCUCUAUGGAAAUCUAAAUGGGAUUUAGAAGGUGCAUUCUAUUCCACUGCAAGUCAAAAUGAUCUAUAUAGAGAUAUUUGUAUGAUUUUGAUAGAUCGUAGAUGUGAUGUUAAUAUUCCUAAUUUGAUGGGUUCAACAGCUCUACAUGUUGCUGCUCAAUCGAGACACGAAGCGUUAGUUCGAAAUCUCCUUAUUUCUGGAAGUGACAUUGACAGACGUGACUGGAUUCACAAAACUCCAUUGUACUAUGCCUGUAGAAAUGGAAACCAGAGAAUAGUUGAUUUGCUCAUAAUUUGCGGUGCUAAUUUACGGGCCGAAGAUUGGGAAACUCACUUCGAAAGGUGGAGACAGAUGGACCAAAUAAAUGAGAAAAAUAAACAGUUAUUAAAUUAUGUUAGUCAUCAAUCGAAACUGUGUCUUACCUUAGAAAACCUACGCAAUAUAACUAUAAGAAGAAAAAUUAGAAAUAUAGAAGAAGAUGCCACUCAACUGGGAUUGCCCCCGUUACUGGUUAAACGUAUAUAA